GAAGUUAAAGUAUUGCCAAAAAAGGAAAGGGGUCAUUCUUUUUGAAACAGACUAAAAAGGAAACUAGGUCAUUCUUUUUGAAACAUAGGGAGUAUAUAUAUGUGUGUGUGAGAUUUCCUUAUGGUUGAAUGCAUUAUUUCAUAGGUUAUACAACUUAUCACUAUAGAUCGAUCACUCAGAAGUUUGCUUUGAUUGUGGUUUGUGAUCAUUAGGUUCUGCCAGUUGCGCUGACGUUUUUUUGGUACUCUUCUUUAACAUGCUUUGUGUUUAUGAAAGUUAACUUUUAGAGAUAUAAUUAUUUCUUUGAAGUAAGAUCUUUCAUGGCUUUCCAUAUUCGAUUUUUGUCAUGCUUUUGUAAAUCUUUCCUUUUUCGAUCUGCUUUAAUAUGCUUUUCCUUGAGUCGAAUGUCAAUUAAAAACGGCCUCUCAACCCCUUAAGGUAGAGGUAAGGUCUAUAUACGCUCUAUCCUCCCUAGAUCUUAGUUGUGGAAUUUCAUUGUGGUAUUUUGUUGGUUUUGAAAAUCUUCCCUUAUUCAAUCUGCUUUGAUAUGUUUUCGUUGAGCGGAGUGUGUAGCGGAAAUUGCUUCUCUGCCUCUCAAGGUAGGGGUAAGGUCUAUGCACAAAGGUAAAUCUUCCAAACCUGACUUGUGGGAUUACGUCGGUAUUUGUUGUUGUUGGUUCCGUAAAUAUUCCAUUCAAAAUGAACAAUAAUUUUCUAUUUCAUGAUGUAUAAAGGUAAUAACGACAAAAGAAAAUGUGCAUACAAUCACAGAUGGUUGAUUAUAUAUUGGUUUUGGGGUAGAUUCUGAAGAGUGAUACUCACCUACUCGUAUGUCAUGAGAUUCAUCUUGUUUCUAUCUCAUGAGGGAAAAAUUGUGUCAGCAUUUUCCGGGGUCUCCUUUUUAACAUGCUUUUAGUUGAAAGUUUAUGUGUAGAGAUUUGCGUGUUUCCCAAAAAGGAAAAAUAAGAAUUUUUUAGCUUUCCUUUUGAUUUCUUGUCCUGGAUAUAAUACAAUUUGUCUUUGCAUGUUCCCUAGUUUUAAGUGGUUAGAUUGUGUCACAAGACAAUGUGGGGUUUUCCUUUUCUUUUGAUAAUAUAUGUUGGAUUGACAGAAUUUCUUUCCCGUUAUGUGGUAUAAGGCCAUUUUUUGCGUCACUAAUAAGAACAAAAAUAUGUACUUCAGUGGUAUAAUUUUUUCUUAUCUUGAGACAAAUAGUUUUCUUCUUUGUAUUCAUCUUUCUUAUUAUAAAACCUUCCAUCCGAUCGAAAAGGUAAAGAAUUAUGAUGCUUUCAUAAAAUGCUUCGUGGGGACUUCUUUGGGUAGUAUACCACUUGUAUCUUCAUGUUUGCUCGUUUUUCCGGUCACAUAUUACUUCUCUUAGUAUUCAUAACUGAUUUAAAAGAAUACAUGUCUUGCUGCGAUUGUUUAUGUUUACUAAUUGUCAGGGGUUACAAAAAAAUCUUAUUAUAGAUGCUUGGUAAUUAUGGUUGUUUGUCAUAUAUUGACACUCAUCGGUUUUCUGAAUACGAUCUUCCCUUUUUCAUGCUUGAGCCUUCCCUUGUAGAUCUAAAAGAAAAUGAGCACCAAUAAGACAUGCAAUAGCUCCUUCUGGACUAGGGAGGAGGAUAAAAUCUUUGAGAAUACCCUAGCGAUCUACUUUAACAAUAACAAUCUAUUGAGGAUGAUGGAAGAAGCACUUCCUCAAAAAUCACUUCAGGACAUCAAGGAUCACUAUAAUAUACUCUUAGAAGAUAUCAAUGCCAUCGAUUCUGGAUGUGUUCCAUUACUGAAUUAUCUGGAAAUGCAAAGCAAUGCCAACCAAAAUUUGAAAGCAGACGCCAAAUGGCGAAGAGGGACUCCUUGGACAGAAGAGGAACACAGGUCAUUUCUCCGGGGCCUAGAUAUAUAUGGAAGAGGUGACUGGAGAAGUAUAUCUCGGCACUGUGUGAUUACAAGAACAGGAAUGCAGGUGGCUAGCCAUGCACAGAAAUUUUUCAAGCGCCUCGAAGCCGCCAACAAAGGGGAGAGAAGAGCAAGCAUUCUUGAUAUUACUAGUGCAGAUGCUGAAGCUGCUGGAACUUCCCAAGUUCCAAAAACCGAGGAUAUGAUUGGGCCAGCUUGUGGAGGAUCACAAGUAGUGCCAAACAUGUCGCCUCAAGAAAGUACCAAUGCUGAGCAGCAGAUGACAACAGUUGCUGAAGACAUUGAUGACCUAAUGACGGAGCUGGAGGACGCUACUGCUGCUAGCAGUGGAACUUACAGUCAUGCCAUCACUAGAAUUGGGAGUGAACUAGAAGCAUUACUCGCUGAGCCCAUGGAUGUAGACAACGCUAUUAGUUCCAUUUUUGAUGAUGAGAAAACACCAGCUUCCCGUUAUGCAGUUGUAGAGGCGGCUCCUCCUUAUUUACCUCCCUUCACCCCCUCAUCUAACACCACUGUUGAUGAUGAAGGCAUUUUUGAUACCGAUGACCUGUUCAUAGAUCAAAUGUUCUGAUUUCGUGGCGUGGAAGCUGUUUAUGUUGAUAUUAGUUGGUCACAACCAGAUGACUAUUAAUCUUGAUACUGCAUCUGUUUUUUUGAAGACUUGUUCCAUUAUACUAGACGAUAUUGCUCUUCUUUAUUUUCUCUUAAUCUGCUGCAGAGAGCAGGAUUAUGUCUAUCUUCAAAGGUUGAUUUUGGUUGAAUUUUUCAAUAAAAAAACUUUAGCAAUUCGAGUU